GCCAGGACUAUUCAACAACAAUUCAACAACAACUAGAGUGUACAAAAUUACAACCAAGAAAAAACGCAAAAGAUGAUGAAUUUUCGACAAAUAAUAUUGCUCUGUUYCCUCUCGUCGGCCGGAGCCUUCCAAAACACUCCGGUAUGGAAUACAGUCGGUUUGUCGUCGACGACGACGACCACUAUGCUCGGAAGCAACAACAACAAUGAAGACUCCUCUGUAUACGACGACCGCAGAUCRUUUAUGAACUCUGUCCUUGCUGGAGCCGCCGCACUGACMACAGCUGUCACAUUCGCUACCCCCGCGAAUGCCGGCAUCGAUCCCUCCUUGUUGAAAGGUUACUCCGUGGAAGGUGAUGUUUCUGGUUCCGCACAACGAUUGCGUCAAAUCGAAGAAAUCCAACGACCGGCUAGUGACACCCUGAAUAUACCCUACGAGAAGCUUCCAUCUGGGGUAGAAUAUCGCGAAUAUCGAGAAGGAAAAGGAGACGCAGGUGUGUAAAAAUGGACCGAAAGAAAAAGAAUUUCGGAGCGCUCUCUUUUUUAUUUAUUUGCUUUUUAUAGGUCGAGUCGUCUAUUGCAUCAUCUCACAUGCCUCCCUUUCGGCGAUGCUCAUCUUAUUCAAUUCCACAUAUCAGUCGUUCAAACCGGAUCCAAGAUUGCCGCCGAAAUGACCAUUCGAUGCAAAUCCUUCUCCACAGCCAACGAACCAGGUGGCGUAAAAUAUUUCUCGACAACGCUCGAUAGCGAAUUUAAUGAAAUCGCCUGGACGGUCGGAAGCGGGGAAUUGCCAGCACCCCUAGAAGAGGCAAUGAUGGGUAUGCACCGAAACGGACUUCGGCGUAUCGAGCUGCCAUCCACGGCUGUUUUUGCGGCGAGAAACGAGAACCAGCUCCCGCAGCCUACGACCAAGGAUGGAAAACGUAUUUACGAUCGACUCUUCAAAACCGACGCUACGCUUCUCUUCGAAGUUWUGGUGACCCGCAUCAAAUAAGAAUACCAAAAACUUGCCUUGCAGCAAGGCAUGGAGCUAUUAUUAAGCAGGCUCUUUUUUUUUGCAAUCAAAUCUAGCUCUCUGU